AUGGAUGUAGCUCUCGGCCUUUCUAAAGCUCUGGGAACUCAGUUUGGUGAAAUUUGGAAAUUAGUUGGGACUUUACUUCUGAAGUACGCUUCAUCCUCGGAGGCGGUAGAGCGUUCGACAAGUGUGGGUGUUAUUGCCGAUUGUAUCAAAUAUAUGGAGGAGGGAUGCACACCUUACACAUCACAAUUAAUGAAAUCUCUCCUCCACCGAUUGUCAGACGAGGAUCAAGAGACGAAGUCGAAUGCUGCGUAUGCUGUAGGCAUGCUUUGCAUCAAGUCUCAAGCAGUGCAAGAGGUCACCGGUAAUUAUGGAGCCAUUCUCCAUAAGCUAGAGCCCUUUUUGCAAGUGCAGAACCACCGGAUGCUGGAUAAUGCCUGUGGCUGUAUUUCUAGAAUGAUAAUGGCACAUCCCGAUAGUGUUCCACUUGGCGACGUCCUCCCUGCCCUUGCAGGUCUUCUGCCGCUUAAGGAAGAUUAUGAAGAGAACGAGCCAAUUUAUAAAAUGCUUGUUCAACUUUACAAAAACUCCAAUCAAAUCGCUUUUGGGAUGACGCAACAGUUUGUCCCAAUAAUCGCCGCCGUGCUUUCUCCGCCGGAAGAGCAAUUGACACCUGAAACCCGCAAAGAGCUUAUUGAGCUUGUGCAGUUCUUAUUCGAGACUGAGCCAGGUGUUUUGCGGGGCUACGAUAACCUGAUCUCGCUAGCUGUUCCUUUUCCUUUUCUCGUUCUUAUUUCUCUCUGGAUAUCGUUAUCCGUAUUUCAUUUGGGAGAUAGAUCAGACAUUAGCGGGGAGGUUAUUUGA